AUGCGUCCUUCAGCCCAACUUGCACUCGGCGCGCUGUGCGCCACGGCGGCGCGGGGUGAGUCUCAGGAGCCCAUCUCGGGUGAUGAUGAUAAGAGCGUACGGGGCAGCCCGUUCACCAAGGGGUAUGAGAAACAUGUCGGCGAGCUGUUGGAGAAGUGGCAUGUGCCCGGCGUGGCAAUCGGCAUCGUGGACGGGGACGAUAUCUGGACCGAGGGCUUCGGCAUCGCAACCUACCCAUCCACCCCAGUGACCCCCUCAACCCUCUUCUACUGCGCCAGCACAUCCAAGGCCUUCACGGCCGCGGCGCUGAGCAUCAUGAUCGACUCGGGCAACUACACGGCGCCCGCGGUGCACGGGCAAGCCCUGGCCUGGGACACCCCGAUCCACAACCUCAUCCCGGAGGACUUCGUGCUGACCGACGCCUGGGCGACGACGCACAUCACCCUCGAGGACGCCCUGAGCCACCGCACGGGUCUCCCACGGCACGACAAGGCGUCCACCCACCGCGUGGUCGCCGACCCGGCCGACGGGACGAAGCGCAACGCCACCGUCCGCGACGGCGUGCGGUUCCUGCGGUACCUCCCCCUGAACGAGCCGCCCCGCACCAAGUGGCAAUACUGCAACCAGAUGUACGUGGUGGCCACGCACGUCAUCGAGACCCUCACGGGCGGGCGCUGGCUCGGCGACGUGCUGCGCGGGUGGAUCUGGGAGCCCCUGGGGAUGCGGUCGACCUACUUCUCUUUGCCGGACGCGCUGGCGGCGCCGGAGCACUUCGCGGGCGGGUACGCGUGGGACAAGGAGAAGGAAGAGUUCUCCAGCGUGCCGUUCAUGCCCGUCGACGAGGUCGGCGGCGCGGGCAGCGUCAUCUCCAACGUCGACGACUACACCAAGUGGGUCAGGAGCCUGCUGCGCGAGGACGGGCCCGUGCCCAAGAGCGGCCACGAGGCCGUCAAGACGCCGCGCGCCAUCGUCAAGCCCCUGGACAUGCUGCCGUCCGCAGAGGGGCCGUACGACACCCCGGAGCUGUACGCGCUGGGCUGGGAGACCACGAGCUACAGGGGCCACAGGUUCUGGACGCACGCUGGCGGGAUGCACGCCUACGGGGCGGAAGUUUUCUUCUUCCCGGAUCUCGACUUUGGUGUCGUUGCACUGGGCAAUACGGCGGGGUCAUCCAACAUCGUGGAGCUGCUCCUGAUCUGGGAGCUGGUCGACGAGAAGCUGGGCAUUCCCCAGAGUGAGAGAUACAACUGGACAGCAAGUUUCGAGGGAUUCGAGAACAUGACGGACGCAAAGCUCGAAAAGGCCAUCGACAAGUACUACCCAGACCGGCCCGCGCACAGCAUCCCGCCGUCCCUGCCACUGGAGGCCUACGCGGGGACAUACUUCCACCCGGGCUACCUGAACUUCACGCUGGAGCUGGUGGGCUCGGGACAGAAGACGAACCGGGCCAAGGCCGCCCUCACGGCGGAGCGGCCGGACGCGACCUGGCCCUCCUACAACGAGUUCGAGCACGUGUCAGGAGAGUACUGGAUGAUAUUCAUGUAUACACUAAACCAGCCGGCGGGCGUCAUCGGGGAGUACGCGCCGGCGCAGUUCCGCGUCGGCGCGGAUGGGAAGGCCGACGCGCUGGGGGUGACGUGGAUAUCUAUCGACCUCUCGGGUGAUGACACUAUCGAGGGCCUCGUGUGGUUCGAAAGGAUCGAGUAG